AUGGCAAACAAAUGCAACAGUUGUGGAAAGUUCUUCGGGGCGUCAGAUAGCACAAAAUGUAAUAAAUGCAAUAUAACUUACCACAGGCAGUGUAAUCAUAUAAGCCCGUCGUCCCGUAAUAAUAACAAGUGGAUUUGCAAAAUAUGUACUACUAAAACAACCUCUAAAACUGUUGAUGAUACUCAGCCUGAAAGCCAAGAAUCGGAUAACUUUGAAGAUGUCAGCACCUCCCCACAGGGCUCAACAUCUCUAAUACAAGAGAUCAAGCUUCUACGGUCCGAGUUAUCCAGCUUCCGUUCAGAGAUAUCUCGUCUAUCCACUCUGGUCUCCAAUUUUGGCUCAAGGUUGGAUAGUAUAGAGGAACGCGUAUCACAUAUUGAAUCUGAACCAUGUAUCGAGAUCGGCCAGAAACAAGUCCAACAGAAUCAGGAAUUGAUUGAGUCCCUAAAGGGAAAGCUGAACGACUCCGAACAAGAGAAACUACUAUAUGACGUUGAGAUUACUGGUAUACCUGAAUCUAAUGGAGAGAAUCUACUGCACAUCACUAUCACACUUGCACAAAAAAUUGGUCUAACCCUAGAUGAGCGAGAUAUAGCGAACGCGCACCGGCGUGGGCCUAAGCGUCUGCCUGAGUCCAGCUCGCAACCACGUCCCAUAAUAGUACGUCUCACCCGCAAACCCUUGCGUGAUAAACUACUGCAGGCGGCGCGCGUGCGACGCAGCGCCGAUACCAGCGGGACGGGGCUAAGCGGGGAUCCAUGCCGUUUCUACCUAAACGAACAUCUUACAUACGAAAACCGUUUUUCAUAUGUGAACUAUUUUGAUGUAUGUUUUCUUUCAUUAAUAUCAAUUUUUAAUACAAGUCUAAGCUUUUAUAGGUUUGUUAACUACUACCAUAGUCUAAUUAUUGUACUUUUAUUGUAUAAACUUAACACAAAAGCUGAAAUAACUUCUCUUAAACAUGUUUAUCGCUUACCCAGAUAUAAAUAUAAUUGCACAUAUUACGUGACUCAUUAUCUAAGUCUAAUUCUAUUUUAUGUUAUUACUGCAUUGUUUUCUUUAAUAGUGUUAUAUGGCAGUGUUGUUUUUUACUACGACAGUCUAAUUAUUAUAUUUUUAUUGUAUAAACUCAUCACAAAAGCUAAAAUAACUUCUCUUAAACAUGUUUACCGCUUACCUAGAUAUAAAUAUAAUUGCACAUAUUAUGUGACUCAUUAUCUAAGUCUAAUUCUAUUUUAUGUUAUAAUUGCAUUGUUUUCUUUAAUAGUGUUAUGUGGCAGUGUUGUUUUUUAUUGCCAUAGUCUAAUUAUUGUAUUUUUAUUGUAUAAACUCAUCGCAAAAGCUAAAAUAACUUCUCUUAAACAUGUUUAUCGCUUACCUAGAUAUAAAUAUAAUUGCACAUAUUAUGUGACUUAUUAUCUAAGUUUAAUUCUAUUUUAUGUUAUUAUUGCAUUGUUUUCUUUAAUAGUGUUAUAUGGCAGUGUUGUUUUUUACUACGACAGUCUAAUUAUUAUAUUUUUAUUGUAUAAACUCAUCACAAAAGCUAAAAUAACUUCUCUUAAACAUGUUUAUCGCUUACCUAGAUAUAAAUAUAAUUGCACAUAUUAUGUGACUUAUUAUCUAAGUUUAAUUCUAUUUUAUGUUAUAAUUUCAUUGUUUUCUUUAACAGUGCUAUGUGGCAGUGAUGUUGACUUUGACUCUAGUUUCCUCAGUAAUAAAAGAAAAAACAAGUUUCUGUAUGCAUGUCUGUAUGGAUACUCACAUAAGGCACGACGAGUUCCUCGUGGCGAUGCAGCGCCAUUCUGUUGAUAUAAUGGCUAUAAACGAAACAUGGCUGAGGGCUGGUGAGGAGGGACGUGCUCCUGUUGUCCCGGGAUACCGGCUGCACCAUGUACCUCGACCAACCAGUGUGCGGACCCGCGGAGAUUCAAUUACGCCGACACUGUUUAUGGCCCCAGACUUCUUUCUCGCACACAAACAGCGAUACAGCGGGUACAAAAUGCGUGUGCGCGUUUUUGCUGGGACAUCCCUCCAAGAAGUCAUGUGAGCCCCUACCUUAAUACCGCAAACGUCCUUAAUAUGCAAAAAAGACGCCAGGUACACUUUGCCACUUUACUUUUUGGAUUGAUGCAGUCGAAAAUACCCACAUAUCUCUACGAAAAACUCGCAUGGGUAGGUGAACGAAGUGCCUUAAACUACCUAACUAGGUCUGCAAACUGUAAACUAUCCAUACCCAAGCACCACUCAGCAGCAUUCAAGGGUAGCUUUCGAUACAAUGCCACUAAGUGUUGGAACAACAUCCCACCACCAUUAACCAGUUUGACAAAUAUUAAUAAUUUUCGUUUCCAAUACCGGAAACAUAUUUUAAAAUCCUGUUCUAACACUUAGUGCAUUUGUAUCGAAUUACACAUUAAAUAUCUAUUAUAUAACAUAAUAUUAUAUACGCAUUUAUUCUCUGCCUAUCUAUCAUUAUAAUUAUUAACAUUGUAUACAUAAUUUCACUUUAUUUAUUUACAUUAUAUACAUAAUUACAUACUGAUAUUAUAUACAUAUUAAUAGAAAUAUAUCUUUCACUGAAACUCCAAUAGUCACCUUGGGGUCACUGAAAAUCAGUGGUGGUAAGGUAUUAAUCACCUUGCCAUCAUAAACUGAGUUGGCUCCAUUUGUCAGGUCACUCACUGCCACAUUGCCUACUUCUUCUUAGGAAUAAGCUUCUUAUUAUUUUUCUUUUAUUUGUUUUUCCUUUGUAAAUCAAUUUUUGUAAUCACUUUAUGAUUCUGACAAUAAAUGUGUUUAUUAUUA